AUGGAGCCUCGUACGGCGCUUAUAACUGGAUGUUCCUCCGGGAUUGGGCUGGCCCUGGCGGUAAAACUGGCGCAAGAUGAGCAGCAAAGAUUUAAAGUCAUCGCCACAAUGCGUAACCUAGAAAAGAGGGAAGCUCUAGAAAAAGCAGCAGGAGAUACUCUCAACAAAACACUGGAGAUAAAAGAGUUGGAUGUUCGGAGUGAACGUUCCAUCCGAGAUUGUGUGGACAGCAUCCCUGAACGACGUAUAGACAUUCUCAUUAAUAAUGCAGGAGUUGGACUUAUCGGACCCAUAGAAUGCCAGUCUAUGGAAGACAUGCAAGGAGUUUUUGAGACUAACUUCUAUGGGGUUGUAAGGAUGAUUAAAGAAGUUCUGCCUGAUAUGAAGAAAAGAAGGAGUGGGCACAUUUUGGUGAUGAGCAGUGUGAUGGGUCUACAAGGGAUUGUAUUUAAUGACAUCUAUGCAGCCUCCAAGUUUGCAGUUGAAGGAUUCUGUGAAAGCCUGAUCUUCCAAACUCUGAAGUUUAACAUUCACCUUACAUUAAUAGAACCUGGGCCUGUGGUGACAAAGUUUGAGCUGAAGGUCUAUGAAGAUGCUGUGCGGGGGGAUUACUCCAAUGCAGACCCUGAAACCUCAGACAUGUUCACUAAUUAUUAUUUAAAGAACUCUAAAACAAUCUUCUCUAGUCUUGGGCAGACCCCUGAGGAAAUUGCUGAGCAUACUCUACGUGUCCUCACCAUGGAGAUGCCUCCUUUUCGACAUCAGACUAACCAAGUUUAUACUCCCCUGACUGCGCUGAAAUAUGCAGAUCCCUCUGGAGAACUAGUGAACGAUGUAUUUUACAAGAUAGUUUUCCAACAUGACACGCUGAUGCAGGCCAGCCUUCGUGCUAUCAAACUCCUCCGCUGGAAAGCACAGAAGGUACAACAGGGAGCAAGAAUUUUGGGAUUUCUCUGA